AUGCAAUCAGUUUAUAGAUUAGUUGAGACAGUAAAUCAAUUUUACAGAGAAAUCAAUCCUGCGACUCUUUCUGGUGCGAUUGAUGUAGUUGUUGUGCAAAAACCGAAUGGUGAGCUUGCUUGUUCUCCAUUUCACGUUAGAUUUGGAAAACUUUUAGUUUUGAUGCCACAAGAAAAAAAAGUUGAAAUUACAGUUAAUGGUAAAGUUGUUGAUUUUCCUAUGAAAAUUGGUGAAGCUGGUGAAGCCUUUUUUGUAUUUGAAACUGAAAAUAAUGUUCCAGAAGAACUUCAAACUUCUCCAUUAGAAUUGGAUUUUUUAGACUUGGGUGGUGGUUCAUCAAAUGACCUAUCAUCAAAAAAGAAAGAUCAAGAUUUUAACACGGUUGUUGUAGAUGAACCAGAAACUAUUGAUUAUAUUUAUGGGGUUGGUGGUGAUGGUAGUGACUCAGUUUUAACCGAUUCUAACAUCACUGUUACUCCAACUUCUGAUGACGUCACUGUUAAUGAUGAAUCAAAUCUUUCAAAAGAAUUAUACGAUCCAAACUGUAAUCUAGAUCAGAAAUUAAAAUUUGAUAAUGAUAAUGAUUUAAAUACAAACUUAGUUUCUGAUAAAAUUAAUGAGUCAAUAAAUGGCCGCGAUGUGGAUGACAAGGAUCAAUCGAAUAGUUUAAAUGAAAAGAAUGAUGAUGCAGCAUCAGAAACUUAUAAAGAUAAUAUUAAAAACAUUAAUUCAAAUGAGAAUAAUGAAAACAUAAAUCUAGGGAAAAUUUUUGAUCAAUUACCGAAUGAUCAAAAUCAUUUAAUCUAUGAAAAUGCCAGCAAAAGGAAUCGAGAAAGAACUUCAUCCGUCACUUCGAUCCAUCAAAAUUGGGGGAAACCAGAAGGUCCAUUUUCUGAUACUGAAUUAGAUGAGACACGAAAACCAGAAAAACCUUUAGAACGAAGGAUGAAUAAUAAAACUAGUCCUUUGAGUGAUACUGAAUUAGAGUAUGAACAUAAUAAUCCACCAAAAGAUUCUGAAGAAUGGUCAUGGGGCUGGGGUACACUUCCUGUAAGAAAAUCAGAAAAAUUUGAACAUUGGCAAGAUGAUGAUGCUGAAGAUAAAAAAUGGGAUAAAGGGGAAAAUGAAGAUGGAAACAGUUCAGGUUUUGAAAUUGACGGGAAAAAAUAUCACUUUGAGAUGUCGUUGUGUAAUAAAAAUGCUUUUGGAAGUGAUCUACAAACUGAUGCAGAAUUAUUUCGUCAGAAUUUAGUUACUUAUGAACAAUUUUCUCAAAAUCCUCAAAUAUUAAGUGAUAAAACACUAAAGCCACUUCCAGAAUCGACAAUGGCAUCAUUGGCUAACAAUAGAUUAGAACCUGAUCGCCGGAGAUAUAGUUUAAGGGAAUGGAGUAGAUGGUGGAGUCGUUCUUCAAGUAUAGAACGUCCAAUAAAUAAUAUUAGGGAUAAAGAAAAAGCCAUACAAGAAACUGAAAAGGAUCAAAAUAAAUCAAAGAAGUUUUAUGCAAAAACUUUACGUCUAACUUCAGAUCAAUUAAAAAGUCUUAAUUUGAAAAAAGGGAUGAACACUAUUAUAUUUUCUGUUGCUUCUUAUAAAGGAAAAGCAACUUGUGCUGCUAGAAUUUUUUUGUGGGAUUAUGAUACUAAAAUAGUGAUCUCAGAUAUUGACGGAACUAUCACAAAAUCCGAUGCUCUUGGUCAUGUAUUUGCAAUGAUUGGCAAAGAUUGGACACAUUCUGGUGUUGCUAAAUUAUACAGUGAUAUAAGAAGAAAUGGUUAUCAAAUUUUAUAUUUAACUAGUCGUGCAAUAGGACAGGCAAGUUAUACUAGAGGAUAUUUACAAAAAGUUGAACAAGGUAAAUAUCAACUACCAGAUGGUCCUGUCAUAAUGUCACCAGAUCGAUUAUUAACCGCUUUUCAUAGAGAAGUGAUAAUGCGAAAACCAGAAGUUUUUAAAAUGUCAUGUCUACGUGAUGUUAAAAAAUUAUUUGAUGAUCAUAAUCCUUUUUAUGCUGGAUUUGGUAAUAGGAUAACGGAUGCGUUAUCUUACCGAAGUGUAGAUAUUCCAUCUUCACGAAUUUUUACAAUAGGAUUUAAUGGUGAAGUGAAAUUGGAAUUAUUGACGGGAUACAAAUCAACAUAUGUCGAUUUGACAGAUUUGGUGGACCAAAUGUUUCCACAUGUUGAUAGCAAAGAAUGGGACACAGUAUAUAAUGAUUGGAAUUAUUGGAAACCACCAUUACCAGAAGUUGAAAUACCAUCUGAAAUAUUCAACACUGUCACAUCAACUCCUUCAUCGCCGAAAAGUCAAUCUGUUGCUAUGACAAGUUCACCUAGUUUAGGAAUGAUUAGAAAUUUAGCAGGUAGUAUAAAGAAAUCUAGUAGUAAAUCAAAAGAAAGGAACACAGUUUUUAUUGGAGGUGAUGUUGAUAUGCCAGAGGAUCACGAAAUAUUUGAUUUGGUAGACGAUUUAGAAAAUGCAGAAGGGGAAGAUGUAACUUUUUAUUCAUGGCUUGGAGUAAAACCUACAGCUAGCGAGAAGGAAAUUAAUAAAGCGUAUCGUAAAUUAUCUUUAACUUUACACCCGGAUAAAAAUCCUGAUAGAGAUAGCAAAGAAAAAUUUUCUAGAUUAGGUUUAAUAGGUGCAAUUUUGCGUAAUUCAGAGUCAAGAGAACGAUACAAUUUUUUUCUAAAGAAUGGAGUACCAAAAUGGCGUGGUACUGGCUAUUAUUAUAACCGUCAUAGACCGGGACUUGGUACCGUAAAUCGAGAGAAAUCGCCUGGGGUAAAAGAAUGA